UGAAUGGAGAAAAACAUAUCAGGCUCUGUCCUGUUGUUUCUAUUUGUUGGAGUUGUUAAUGAAGACCAUGCUCAACAGGCCUUAAUCUUCUCUAUUAAAAUAAAAAGCUUCAUAUCUGACCAUUGAACAUGGACUGAUUGCUGAAUGCUUCAACCUCUUGCUCUUAUCGUCAUCAUUGCUGUUAGCUGUAAUGGUAAAGAAAGCAUCCGGCUAAAUGCAUUUUCUAAUUUUGAAAUGGCCUAGCAUAUCUCGUCAAUUAUGCGUACAAUUUACACACGGAUUUGUAAAUCUAGAUUGUGUGACCGGAAGUGAUUGCUUUGUGGUCAUGUGUCUCACGAAUGUUAUUUAAACCACAGAGAUUUUCCACUAAGAGUCACAUCUCAAGAUGGCCCUGGUGUGGAGCAUUAUCCUACUCUGCUUAACAGUCUGUUCUUGCGAGCGUAUUGGAAACGUGUCACAGAAGUGUCUAGAUGACACUACAGUGUUUCUGACGGAACUAGAUGAAGCAGAGCCAAGCAAAUAUGCAGUACUAAUGUACGAUGCCUUUGGCAGAAUAGGCAGUGACAUUGAGAGUGGAAAUGUGAACAGACCAGGAUCACGUGAAGAAUGCCAGUUAGCCAGUGGACCUGGUUUCAGAGGGCAAUAUUGCCAGGUGUUUAUAAAACAGGCCCCAAUCCAGUACUUUGUUGGCAUCUGUGUCCCUGACUCAUGUGAGGAAACAGAAGUUCAGACAUUGGUUGUUUAUGAGACAUUCCAGCUAGCUAGCAAGUCUCUGAUCCCCCCUGUCCCGUCUGUGAUUCUACCUGAGUCCACACAGGGGAUCUACAUGACUCAGUGUUUCACUAGUACUCCACUGGACUUUGCUGUCAUUAUCAGCUUGUUUGUGUGCUCUUUGCUUAUCGCCAUUCCUCUUGCGGCGACCGUGUGCAUUGCCAUCGUCCGUUGGAAGCAGCAGAAAGAGAUAGGCCCGCAGACCGAUACAGCCCUGAACACACACUUCAACCACUACGGUACGCUCAUGUCCAACGGCUCCACCAUGACCAACAACAACGGCUGCAUAUUUCCAGAGUCCACAGAGAGCUACAAAUCCAAGGAAGACAAAAAGAGAAAAAGUUGUCUGUACAGGACCAUGCAGACUGUCUGCCUGCAGAGCAAUGUCGCAGGCCUGCUGAGCAUGGUCAACGUGGGAGGGAACUACGCCUCUCUGAACGGCAUCCGCAUCCUGAGUCUGAUCUGGAUCAUCAGUGGUCACAAUAUCCAGUUCAGCGUCCGAAACAACAUAGAUAAUUAUAAAAGAUGGAGGGAGACAGUGUCUAACAACCCCCUGUAUGUAGUUGGCUACAGUGGGCCAGUCUAUCUCUCUGUUGACACCUUUCUCCUCCUGGGAGGACUUCUGAGUGCAAAGUCUUUCCUGGGCUUAGUACAGAGGGCAGACGAUACAAUAAGUCUAAGGCUUGUUGCCAGUUUCCUGUUCAAGAGGUUAAGAAGGGUCCAGCCCCUCCACAUCUUCAUUGUGUGUCUGACCAUCGGCCUCUACUCCAUCAUUACGAAAAACUCCUACUAUUUCGUUACAAAUGACCAGAUACAGCACUGCAGGAAGUACUGGUGGUCCAACAUUCUGCUUGUGAACAACCUGUUGCCUGUUUUUGACAUUUGUGUUCCCUGGUCAUGGUAUCUCUCCGUGGACAUCCAAUAUUACACCACGACUCCCCUUCUGAUUUAUCUCUACAGACGAAAUAAAUAUGUCAUGGCUGCUGUUGCAACCGUUCUCCUGAUGAUCUCCAUUCUAGCCAGUGCCUUUAUAACAGCCGGAGCGCAGCUCCCAGUCCACCAACCAACAACACUAGACUAUGCAUCCUUUUAUGAGUAUUAUUACAACAAACCUUGGACGCGGUAUGGUCCAUAUUUGAUUGGGGUUAUUCUUGGGAUAUUCCUGAAGACGAAGAGAUCUCACCUUUUAAAACAUAAGUGGCAGGCUGCACUGGGCUGGAUCGCCUCGAUGUUGGUAGUGGCACUGCUCAUAGCUCUCUCAUAUGUUCUACGGGACGUCCCAGACCGGCCCUCAGUGCCACAUGCUGCCUACCAGGGCCUCCACCGUACCCUGUGGGGUCUCUGUGUGGCCUGGGUCAUUCUGGCCUGUGAGGAGGGGUACGGAGGAUACAUCAAUAAGAUUUUGUCACUGAAAUUGUGGGUUCCUCUGUCAAACAUCAGCUAUGCCUGUUAUAUGAUUCAUCCUCUUCUUAUAAUACUAUACAACGGAAAGCAAGAUACACCUAUACAUUACAAUGACAUCAACUUUUUCUACCUGUUCUUGGGCCACACGGUGCUGACAGUGGUUGUGGGAUAUGCGCUGACUGUACUAAUCGAAAAGCCAUACAUGUUCCUGAAAGGAUUACGAGGAUAAAUACGGAAUUAUCGGACACAGGCCUGCCCAGACAGAGAAAACUGUACUUUUUUCCUUCAUAGAUUUGCGUUGAUAUAUUGUGAUUUUCUUGUGCAUUUUUCGGCAUUGUCAAUAUCACUUCCAAUUUUAAUUAAUUUGUGAUUUUAAAAGUGUAAAAUGUUGAUUGUGCCACCAGAUUGUAAAGAAUAGUUUUGUCAUUAGAUCUGCAUCAUUUGUAUAUGUGUGUUAGAUAGUGGAGCGAUGUUUUAUGGUGCAACAGUACAGUAUUUUGAAGGAUGAAUUUGAAAAAUAUGUGUUUGUGGGUGUUUAUUGCACUAAGGCCUUUUUGUAGCACCACACAAAGGUGUUUUGGCUAGGAUUAUUGUGUGUCAAAUUCUUAUGCCAGGGUAGUAUUGUAAUUCAGUAGGCUUAGUGUCCAGCUGGGCAUCAGUGUAAAACAUUUAAAUCCAAUGCCUUUGAAAUCAGAGCCCAUACUGGAAAUAAGCAAAAUUACAGGUAAUGUCAGCACCCAAUGAAAUUCUAACAGGACUCUCAUCUCUGAGUGCAGGAUGGAGUUGUGAAUGGCCGUGGGUAGACUAAAAUUGCUUGAGAGGAAGAGGUGGCAUUGUAAUUAAUGGUUUCGGAACUGGGCUUGUAACCAAAAGGUUGCAAGUUCGAUUCCCAGGCAAGACACCUGCUCUUCUCUUGAGCAAGGUACUUAA